UUAACAAGUGCUUAAUUAACUUCAAUAAUAAAAUAUAAAGGAAGUUUAGUAAAUUACUCAUUCAUUACUAAAUGUUCAAUCAUCUCAUCAACCGCGCGAUAAUCCUGUUUGUUUUAAUUAUCUAUAUUAGCAUAAUGUAUUGGACAUUGAACAAUAAUGAUGUUGGUUAUACGAUGAAGAAAAAGGAAAUAUGCUGUAAAUAUAAAUUAGAUAUAAGUGAAAAAGAAUAAAUAAUGAAAUUAUUAUUAAAAAUAUUACUCAUAUACAACGUUUAUUCCCGUUUGAAUCAAGAAAUACCAUAGAAUAUAAUAAUCAAAAAGCCACAACAUAUAUGAGAAAUGCCUAUGAUUAUAUUAUCAAACAAUUAUGUCAAUUUCAUAAAGAAUUAAAUAAAACUAUUAGCAGACAUGAUUGCUGUACAAUGAACUUUGAUUAUAAUUAUUGUUUGAAUGAAUUGAAUUCACUUGGUUCCAUGCCUAAAGUAUACAGUCGGAGGAAUUCACCAGCAGGUCAACUACCGGAUACACCAUCAAAUACGACUUGUAAAUUAAGUAAUGGAAAACGCAAAAAAUUAUACGGUUUGUUGAAAGAAUGGAUAAGUAUAGCUGAAAAAUAUAAAAUUAUAUGGUGGAUAACGUUUGGAACAUUGUUGGGAUCAAUAAGAAAUAAUGACAUUAUCCCAUAUGAUCAUGAUGUGGAUGUGGCUGUCUUAGACACAUAUGAACCAAUCAUAAGAAAACUGGCAGAUGAAUCAAAGCAGUCUCCUUCAGGAAAUUUUAGAAUUGUGACACGUCCAGGUAAUUACUGUGUAUAUGACAGAGGAUCACGAACCAGUUGUUAUGGUUAUCCAGUUCCAAUAGGAAUUGACGAGUGUUCAUUUUGUCUACCAGUGGCAAGAAUAGUUCUUAGUAAAUCUACAUUUUUAGACUUAUUUUCAGCACGUGUUGAAUUGCGUUUAAACACGCAUGGUGAAUUAAUUGAUUUUGGUAUAUUUGAUGAAGGAUAUAACAGUGAAACUAAUGGAAUAAAAUACUAUCCUUUAAUUAUAUAUUCCCUUUGUCGAAAUGUUUAUUUAUGGAUUUAUAUGUUCCAUGUCCUAGACAAUCUGAUUCACUUUUAUCUCUAUUCUAUGGGAAUAAUUAUAUAA